GUCAUUUCAGACGACCCCUGGAAGUAUGUCGCGAUAACUUCUGCUGUCUAUUGCAUAAAUCCUUCAUAUUUUUCCGAAUACUGCUCUGCCGCCGGUGAUAUCCAUACCUGGAAAGGAUGGGUGGAGCAGUUAGUGCAGGGGUCAACAAUGACCACUUGGUGGACAACCUCAGAGAUGCAGAUUACAUCAAAUCAAACCUUGUUGAAGAGGUCUUCAGAGCUGUCGACAGAGGCGAUUAUUACAUUGCAGGGCACAAGGACAGUGCUUACAAGGACUUAGCCUGGAAGCAUGGCAACAUCCAUCUGUCUGCACCAUGUAUCUACUCUGAGGUGAUGGAGGCUCUCAAGCUGGAGCCGGGCCUCUCCUUCUUAAACCUCGGCAGCGGGACAGGCUACCUGAGCACCAUGGUGGGCCUGGUCAUAGGUUCAAAUGGUGUAAACCAUGGUAUAGAGAUUCACCAGGAUGUGAUAGACUAUGCCAACGAACGUCUGCAACUCUUUCUCAGUAGAUCCCCAUCCGUUGAUCAGUAUGAGUUCUGUCAACCACUCUUUAUAAAAGGAAACUGUCUUCUGUUGAGCUCUGCUUGCCGGUGCUAUGACAGGGUGUACUGUGGUGCAGCGUGUCCUCCUGAACAUGAGAAUUACAUGAAGAAUCUACUCAAAAUAGGCGGAGUCCUUGUAAUGCCUUUAGAAGAUCAGUUGAUUCAAAUAAGGCGCACGGGGCAGAGUAGCUGGCAUACAAAGAACCUGAAAGCGGUUUCCUUUGCUCCCCUUAUACUGCCCUCAUUGGCAGAAGGGGAGACAUUACAAGCCUUCCAACCACCGGAUGUCCAACCUCGUGUCCUCCAAGAUGUCUGCCGUGUUCACAUACGUCGCCACCUGCGGGGCAUCGUGGAGAAGGAGAACCCUCGCAAACCCCGUCCUGCCAAGGCCCAGCGCAAACCAAGGCCCAACCACUCACCACCCAGACUCAUGCACAAUUGCAUCAUGAUACGCAGUGUCAACAACAUGCUUGAGCUGGCGGGAGAACUCAUGGUGGAUGGAGAGGAGGACGAGGAGGAGAGGGGAGAGGAGGCCAUGGACGAAGGGGCAGAUGCCGGACCCUGGAGCCGACGCAGGGAUGCUGGACGACCGCGGGAGGAAGACGGGUUGAACACGCGGAGAGGCCGUAACCGUGCAAGGUUCGAGCGCUUCAUGACCAACGCUGCGUUCUUCACCCGACACAUGGGCAGCCGUCGGGAGGAGGAUGGGGACGAAGAGGUCUGGCAUGAUGCGGAUGAUGAGAGAGAAAGAUCAGAUGAUAAUGGACAUGGUGCUAGACCUAGAGAUGACAGAGAUAGGUCUGGUGAAGGACCAGGUAAAGAUGGGGGUUCACAGAAGACAGAUCAGAAGUCAGGUCCACCCAAAGACAUUGAUGAUAGUGAUGAUGAGGAUGAUGACAACCAAAGUCCAAGCAGUGGCCAGAAAGGCAACGGAGCAUCAGGUUUUAGCAUCAAAAGAGCUUUUAGAAAUUCCUUCCCCAAAGAGCGCAAACGGCAACACAAUAGGCGGAGCGAGAGCGAACCUAACGAAAAACAACCAGGAAAAUCAACAGACGUCAUUGAUGAAGUAGAAGAGGACAACGGGCGUCCUGAUGAGGCGGUUGGGAGGAAAAACGGAAAGAGCGGUAAUGGACUCGGUCACUCACAACCAGCAACUCCUGGCCCCAAUGGCUCCAAGAUAGAAGACAAGAGCGAAGCACAGAAUGCCAUGGAGGACAACUCCAAUGCAGAAGAGCCAUCAUCAAGACAUCCCACAAAUCAACAGAUACCAAUAGUUGAUGACUUAGAAAUGGAUGACCUUCAAGACGAGGAUGAGGAAGACGAUCUUCUCAGUGACGCAUCGUCAAGUAGCGGUAUUUCUGACGAAAGCAUCUUUCAACGUCUCAAAAGAGAAAAGGAAGAGGAAGAGGAGGCAGCCAUGAAGGAUAAACCCUUGGAGCCUAGCCUCUUAUCACUUAAAAUCCAGAUGCUGCCAUUGCCCAAGGCACUUGUCAACUAUCUUCUUUACCAUCGGGAAAUCUCAGAGUAACUCUUAUCAUGAGCAGUUUCCUCAUGACCCUUUUGGGAUGUAUACAUAAUCUCUCAUUAUAGACACUGCAAUUUCUAUCCUUCUGAGGUAGAUGCUGAAUGCUGUAAUGGAAAACAGUGCAGUGCUUAAGGCACUUCUGCACCUCUGGUUUUGGACAGCUCUGAGUAAAGUUUUCAAGAGUGAACAUUUUUCUGUCUUCUAUUUUAAACCUUCAUUUAUUGAUAAUAUGGGAUUUAUUCUCAGCUAUUGAUAGAGGCAUCACAAUAAAAAAGCUUGAAAACAAUUUUGCCGCUAACAAGAUGUGAAACUAUUCAGAGUGUAGCUGCAUUGCUGAGAGAUUUACUGCACCUUCCAGCAUUAUUUGCCAACUAUUUGCAUUGGACACUCUAAUGUUGUAAUAAUGGAACUUAUUAGUCUUUGACCAACAUGCGGAAUACGGUAGGUCAGUGGUAGAGUGGUUUUGUCAUAUUGAUAAGAUCAUAAAUGAAAGAAAUGAGUGUGCACAGCACUCCAGUGCAUCUCUCUGUAUCUUUACACAAAGACUUAUUAUUGUUGCAAAAAUAAGUUAGCUUUUUGCAAUGAUUUAUUCAAUUUGGUGGAUUCAUAUGGUGAGCUAUGUAUCGGUUGCAGCGAACAGACCAAAAUUCGCAGUGCCUCAUGGGAAGUAAAGUCAACAUCUGUUGCAGGCGCUAGCACUAAGGUGCAUGCAUGUAUGGGAUUAUUCAGCGCUGGCCGACGCUGCUUGACCGGAUAUGUUGCUUAAAAAGGUCCAGGAGGUGGGAGAGAAAUUUGGCCACAUAUUUCUGUGCAAGAUUUAGACUGUUUUCGGUGAAUUCCUGCCGUAUGGUUUUCAUUUUUGAAGCAUCAACGUCACAUUACAGUGAACUAGCACUGUGCGCUGCCUGCGCCUGCGCGUGAUGUCAACCGUGAAGUUAGACAAUUGGCCUGUUUGCUGCAACCAAUAGCUGGUGCACCCAUAUUGUGAAUCCCCCGAAUUGUCUGCACGGUCAUCUUUCAUAUUUUAUGGCAUGAUCUUAGAUCACAAGAUACAAUUAGCCUUAUAACAGACAUCAUCAAUUGCAAACAUGUUCAAGUAUUUGAAUGAUUCGCAGUGUGCAGAUAUAUAUCCUUUUCCGUUUUGAGCAUAUCCCAAACGUUGAUAAGUCAAUAUUUGUUACAAAGAUCCAGUACCAUUCACAACUAUUUAACCCACUAUUGGAGAGAACAAUAGGUUCAGUGAACCAGUCGUGUUCUGUGCUUUGUACUGUAAUAGUGAGUUAAAGAAUUGUCAAGGGUAACAUAGAUUUGU